AGUGAUGGGCUACACGGUACAUAUACAGUUUGCGGGAUUGUGUCUUGCACACAUUAUUUUUGUUGAGUAUUUUACCGCUUCCUCGUCAGCUCGAAAGAAAUCGUCACGUGGAUUUUGUUCCUUUCUUUAUUGAAAUUGGCAGCUGAGUUAGAUUCAGAUUGGUUCGGUUGGGAUUCGUGUAUCUGCACAUCACUGCUUUUGUCUGCCUAGUCUUUUUUUUCUGAAUGAAACCAGGACGAGACACUUGAUGCGGAGAAAUUCCGACGUGACCAGAUGAUGUGUGGUGUUUUGCUAGUAUUUGCAGUCGGUGUGGAGUUCUUUCCCUGGGAAGAUCUGAUUAUUUGUUUGCUUCUAAAAGUGUAAAUAUUGCUCCUGUGUCCUGUUAACUGCAUGGAAUAUGGACUCCCUGCAAGUUGUUAGUUUUCACAUUUUACAGUUUUUAUACAACAGGUAGAGUCACUGUGUGUGCAUGAAUUUCAAAAAAAAAAAAAACGUAAGGAAAUAAAGAACCGUUUUUCCCCUCCAUGUCACUUUUAAAAUAUUGCAAAUAUGAUUGGCUCACCUGACUUGGUGGCUUUUACCAAAGAUGAUGGCUUUGGGGAGGCUUUCGUUGACCCAUGGGUGUUGCCAGAGGAGUUCUCGGUGCCUCUCUGUACGCACGGAGGAAACGUGACUCCGUGGUCGGCGACAAACCUUGCUAAAUUCACUAAGGACUUCAUUCUUAUCUCGGAGUUUUCGGAGCAGGUUGGUCCACAGCCUCUCCUUACUAUUCCAGAUGAUCCAAGGGUUAUCGGUACCUUCGACCUCAACUAUUUCUCUCUUCGAAUCAUGUCUGUGGACUACCAGGCUUCUUUUGUUGGACAUCUUCCAGGCUGCAGCUACCCAAAGAUCAAUUUUGUGGAGGACUCCAAGGUUGUACUGGGCGAUUCCAAAGAAGGUGCAUUUGCGUACGUUCAUCAUCUCACCCUGUAUGAUUUGGAGGCUCGUGGCUUUGUAAGACCAUUCUGCAUGGCCUAUAUUUCGGCCGACGAGAGGAAGAUCAUGCAGCAGUUUCAACAGCUCUCCUUGCAGUUCUCCAAGGCUUCCGAGCUCCUGAAAGCUGGAAACCGCAAGGCCUUCGCCACUGAGCUGGAGAAGAAGCUGAAGGACCUGGAAUACACCAUGGCUGUGCUGCACAAGGAGGCAGAGCGGCACAAAAGGAACAACGGUUGCUAUUCUACUCAGGCAAUUGAAAAGGCCAACGAACUGGCAAACGCUGAGAAAUCAUUUCAUGAGCACAAGGAUCUUUUGAAACAGGUGAAGUCUUUUCCAAACAGAAAAAGCAAAGGUCCCGGGUUUUCAACAGACAGCUUGGAUGAACCUUCUGAUAUAGCAGAUGUGGACCACAAUCCCAUACCCACAGAAUUCAACCUUGAUGGUGAGACAGAGGAUGGCAACAGCAGCCAUGGCCUCUCUUACACCCCUCAGCUCAUUAAAGCCAAGUCUGCAAAAUGUUUUGAUAAGCGCUUGAAGACGCUUGAUGAACUCUGUGACGUGUACUUCUUCCAUCAGACCAUGGACCAGCUACAUGCGAUUGAGAAUAUUUUCAGGGGGGACUUAAGCUAUAUAUAUACCAGCCAGAUUGAGCAGGUGCUGCUCAAAAAACAGAAAAUCACCAACUUCCUCUUUGAAGAGGUUACAGACUGGGAUGAAGAGGAAGCAGUUAAGCAAAUCUGUGGUGGGACUCACAUCUCUGAAAGCAGUCUCCCCUGCUCCAUUCUUUCAGGUGAACCAGGGAUCCAGGAGACUUUCAUUUCCUGUGAGGAAACCUUGCACAUUAAAAUUGAACCUGAAACUGGUGAGGAAGAGAUUCCCGAAACUGAAUGCAGAGAGUCAAGCCCCUGUGACACCACCCAGGAAAAUUCUGAUGAAAGUACUUACACUGAAAUUAAAGAUAAUCUAAGUAGUGGGGAGAGUGUUGAAGUAAAUGAAGCAGAAGGCCAUCAUACAUUUCAGGAACCCACAGUGAAUUCAGAAAGCUUUUCAAGUGCGUCUAACACGAAGGACUUGAGAGAAGGCACAGGACCCAUGGAGCACAGUAUGGCCACUGACAAUGCAACAUCCUUUCCAAAUGCCAGCGACGAAGAUGAUGGAUCAGUAGAAACCUGUGAAGAUGUGGUUCACGCACAGGUAUUGCCCACGAUCGGUCAAAAAGCGGACGUACAUCAUAGGAGUGUUCACGAAGCAUCACCAGUCAUCCAGCAAGACACUGCUUCUUGUGGGCAGCAGGAGGACAUGACGGAUGAGGCUGUUCCUCAAGCAUCACCAAGAAGCUCCACAUUCUUCUUCCACCGUGACUCCAAGCAACCUCUUGACCUUGUCCCUGAGGACAGGACUUUCUCUAGAGAGCCAGAUGCCAGCCUUCUGCUCAGAGACCUGGACCUUGAUGGGUCAACCAGGAAAAACCUGGAUGAUACUUCAGAUAACAUCAGCUGCGUGAGCACCUCCACAACCUCCGAAAGGGAGAUGUCUCCCUUCCCCCGAGACAGCCCUGUCACCGUGAAGCAAAAGAGAAGAGCAGGCCAGAGCGCCCUUAAGUUCAUCAGGCAGUACCCCUUUGCUCAGCAGGCCAUCUACAGCCUCCUGAGGGGGAGGACACUCGUGGUCCUGGGUGUCGAUGAGGGGACGGUGAGGAAGCUGGUGAAUGCCCUCACCAUAUUUGUGCCCAAUCUUGGCAAGUAUGGUGAGCGAGUGCACCCUUGGCUCUCCUGUUCUUUCCAGCUAGCCGACCUGCAUAACUGGAAGCUUGUUGGCCUCCACAGGAUGGCGUCACCUACUGGUUCCGGCAUGCUCCACUCCCUGAACCGCUACAGCCGCUACAUCAGUAUCCUGGACACAGAUAACAAGACGCUGAGAUGUCCGCUUUACCGCGGGUCUGUAGUUACCCACAUGGCGGACCACCGGACUCAGAUCAAGCGAGGGGGUACCUACUACAUGCAUGUGCAGAGCAUGCUCACAGAGCUGACCUCCAAGGCCUUCCUGUACACCUUCUGCCACCAUCUGCACCUGCCCAUCAGUCCCACAGAAGGCCUCGAUGCUGUGGCUUUGCGUCGGAGAGACUUUCUGCACCACCAGUGGGGAUACAGCGAGGAGGACUGCAGGAUAGUGGAGUUCCUCUCAGAACUAAUUAAAAACGCUUACCUUCAGCGGCCCGACCAGCAGACCUGCCCACCUGUGUUCUGCUUCAAUUUUAUUUCCAGCCUCCUGUACAAGAUCUAGGCCCAGCUGUGGACAUCACACGAGGGACUUGUAUUUGUCACCUUAGGCUUAUAAUGCCACUGCACCCCAGUUGAAGAGCAGGACAAUGCAAUCAGGUCAAUUUUUUUUCUAUUUAUGUUCAUGUUUGUUCCAUGUUCUGUUGUACAAUGUGAUGCAUAUGAAAGUCUUUUCAUAAAAAUGCCUUCAGGGUCAUGGUUUUGGAUCUCCUUCCAGCAUAACUAUAUGCAAUGAGCAAGCCAUAUCUUUAAAGAAACACUGCACUAGUGGAACAAAUGUUCUUUCGGUUAAGAUGAGAAGGUACAGAGCUGAUGUACCUUCUCCAACCACUGCUGUUGAACAAGUUUUGUUUCUGUUAGGUGAUCAAAAUAAAUAUUAAACUUAUGGAAGAGCAGAGCCCAUGGCUUGUACCUUGUGCCAUGUAAACAGUAAGCACAACAAAUAUCCUUCACCUAAGUUAAAAGUUAUACAGUGACUGUCUAUAAAUCCUUGAUGACCAUGUGACACCACAGCUUCGGCAGACCAAUGUGAAACCUUAGUGAAAAUUGACUACUUACUCUCUCAUAAGUUGUAUCAGACACUAAUUUGAAAAGUUCCUUCACACCAUUUAAGUCAAAAACUCUCUGAAAACUGAACUGUAAACACCUCAAGUGUUACGUUGCAUGUUUUUAACUGGAAGGUUUUGGUCACAGCAACUCUUCCCAAAACAGCAAGUGUUAAUGAAGGGCUUCCUUAAUGUUUCAACAUUUUACUAUUUAUAACCAGUUAUAGGUCCACAAACAAUGCUUUAUUAUUCCAUUAUUUUCUUAGAACUGCAAUAACUUCUGACUAAUACAAGAGGUGCAGCAUUCAUGGUCUUUUGAAAUAUUUAAAAAAAAAAAAAAAAAAAAAGUAAACCUGAAAAGG